GUUUUGCUUCACCCAAGAGACCUACUCAAAAUCCGGAACCUGAUUCUUUGCCGACAUUUGGUUCUCAAGGAAGAAGAUUUAGAGUGGUCACGAAUGACACCGUUGUYCUCCCAUGUGACGUUAUCAACCCGGGAGUGUACAUUUUAGCGUGGAAAAAAGGAAUUGCGGUGUUAACAGCAGGAAGCACUAAGGUAUCUCCAGACGAAAGGAUACGUCUAGUGGACGGCAAUAACCUGGAAAUCCGUGAUAUUCAAACAAACGACGCAGGAAAUUACGUGUGCCAAAUAGCAACGCUGAAACCCAGGGAGAUAUCACAUACUGUGGAGAUAUUGGUUCCAUCACGAAUUAAAUCGGUWACGUCAGGAGGAAAUAUUGACACUAAAAAGGAUUCUAUGAUUAAAUUAAACUGUGAAGCUGACGGAAAUCCUGUUCCUAAUAUAACAUGGACAAGAAAGAAUAACGUACUUCCAAAUGGUGAGAGAAAUGCAACUGGCGAUACAUACAUAAUUCAAUCGGCCACACGUCACGACGCUGGAUUGUACAUAUGUACAGCUUAUAACGAUGUUGGACAACCUGCUGAACAAACUAUUACAGUUAACAUUCUAUAUCCUCCGGAAAUUGAAGUUGAACGCGUAUGGGUUCAUUCUGGUGAAGGAAACGAAGCACUGCUAGUUUGCAUAGUCAACGCUGAACCGCACGCCGAGGUGUCUUGGUAUAGAGACACAUUGAAGUUAGACACGAACGAACGUCGCAUAACUGAAGUUAGAGGAAGCAGACAUACCCUUAUAGUGAGAAAAGUGCAGGCCAGUGAUUUUGGAAAUUACAGCUGUGUGGCCGACAAUGUCGUAGGAAAGAGCAGAGCUUACGUCGAACUUUCAGGAAAACCAAAUCCUGUGAAGAUAAACAGCAACAAAAAUGGACGACACCAGAACAAUUACAACAUAUCUUGGUCGGUGGACAGCUACACUCCCAUCGAAGAGUUCAAACUGUUCUACAGGAAAGUUCCACUUCCCGACGAGUCCCCAGCCGACACGCGAACUCAAUACCAGUGGCCAAAGAAGCCCCCUACUCGUAACGACAACGAGGGAUACGGCAGUCCGAUUUACGGCUACAACAGCAUGCGGAACGAAUGGAAUGAUGUGAUCCUUCCAGCCGUUCCCAGCGAACAAUUCACUCACCGCAUGUCAUACAACAUCCGUGGAUUGGACACCGCUUCUGAAUAUGAAGCCAAAGUAAUGGCCAAAAACCGAUUCGGCUGGACCCCGAUGUCCGAUGUAUUCAAAUUCGUCACCUCCGCCACACCAGAAAUUGGUAAGAACAUACUUCGUUUUUUAAUAACAAUACGAACCUCCCUUUAUUUUAUCUAAAACAAAAAAAAUCAA